AAACAGCUUGUUGAGACGUCGGAACCCUGGACGAUGUAAAAAGGACACAAUGCGUUUAUAAUCCGAAAAAAAACGUGUACUUUGUUAUUUGUAUACAAAGACAAAAUAAGCGACCUCUUCAAAACACCACCGCAUGUUUAAUCUAUUCAAAGUGGAACAUUAACCCUAAACAUGAAGAAGAAAGUCAAUCCACUUCAGCAGGCAAAAGUGAAGGAUAUCAGCAGCAAAGAAACACAGGGGACAACAACAUCUGAAGGGUCAGCGGCGUGUGAUGCCAGGAGCGAUGCCAUUAAAGACUCUUCACAGGAAAAGAUGCAUCUGAGAUUAUCCCAAACUGAUAGCUGUUUCUUGAAGUUCUUGAACGAAGACCGUCAGAAGCUGCCGUCAUUCUGUGACAUAACCGUCACGGUCUGUGGGAAGACGUAUCGUGCACACAAGGUGGUUUUGGCUUUCGGCAGUGGCUAUUUUCAUGCCAAGUUCAGUGAAAACCCUGAACUGCGGCAUGUUACCAUUGAUAACAUUGAGGUCUCCACCUUUGGACAUUUGCUCAACUUCGUGUACACGUCAGAAUUUGAAGUUUCAGAAAGCCAGAUUCCUGCUUUGGCAGAGGCUGCCUGUUUUCUGGACAUGAUGGAAGCGGUAAACCUUUUAGCAAAGCGGGCGACACCAGAUCAUGUUGAUGAAGAAAGUGAUGUUCUGCAGGUUCCAGCGGAGACUCCAGAUGCCCAGACUUCAGCAGGAGCUCAAUGCUCUUUUUGCAGUCGCACCUUCUGCUAUAAGAAGUCUCUGGAGAAUCACCUGGCUAAGACGCACAGCGCUGGUUGUCAGGCUGAGGAAGAGCAAAACAUGGCAAGCACAUCUGCGGUCACUACACGCAGAUCCGCCCGUCAGAGGAGGACCCCUGCUAAAUUUGAGAGCCGGGAGAGCGAAAAUGGCCACGUCCCGUCUGGAAAACCUGGUCAAAAAACUCUAAAGGAUGAUGCCGCUGCUUUUGAGGAGGAGGAAGAGGAUGAUGAAAGUGAGGAGGAGCAACAGAAUGAGCAGGAAGAACAAAGUAGUAAAGAGGGGCGAGAAGAAACGGUCGAGGAGGCAGAAUGUGAAGACGAUGAGAAGCAAGAUGAGGAGCAUGUGGCUGAGCUCAGUAAGGCUGUAGAGCAGACUGAAGCCCAGGAGGAGAACGAACCGACAUCCAGCCGUGCUGUUGAGGAGCACAGCCAAGCGACGGAGGUCACAGGUCACGUGUUUCCUGAAGGACUGGCGCCUGUUAUUAUCCAGAGCGCUAACAAAAAGACUCUCAAGUGUCCCAAAUGUGAGAAGACCUUUGAUCGCAUAGGCAAAUAUGAGAGUCACACCAGAGUACACACCGGAGAAAAACCUUUCAAGUGUGACAUCUGUCUCCAGUGCUACUCCACCAAAUCAAACCUCACUGUGCACAAGAAGAAACAUGACAGUGAUUCGCCCGUCCAGAGGAAAGAGCACAAGUGCCCCUUCUGCAACAAGCUUCACGCCAGCAAGAAGACUCUCAGCAGACAUGUCAAGAGAUUUCAUCCUGACCACCUCCAGGAGUUUCUCUCUCAGAAGAAGAAGAAGAGUGAAGGCUGGAAAUGUGACAUCUGUCACAAGUCCUUCAGCCGUCGCCCCCAUCUGGAGGAGCACAUGAUCUUACAUUCACAGGACAAACCCUUCAAGUGUGCCUACUGUGACGACUACUUUAAGUCACGGUUUGCCCGGUUGAAGCACCAAGAAAAAAUCCAUUUAGGACCCUUCCCUUGUGACAUCUGUGGGCGCCAGUUUAAUGACACAGGCAACCGCAAACGUCACAUAGAGUGCACGCACGGGGGGAAGAGGAAAUGGACCUGCUUUCUGUGUGGCAAAUCAGUUCGAGAGAGGACAACCCUCAGGGAGCAUCUGAGGAUCCAUAGCGGGGAAAAACCUCACCUGUGCAGCAUCUGUGGACAAAGUUUCCGUCACGGAAGCUCCUACAGGCUUCACCUUCGUGUUCAUCAUGAGGACAAGCGCUAUGAAUGUGAUGAAUGUGGCAAAACGUUCAUCCGCCACGAUCAUCUUAAGAAACACAAAAAAAUUCACACAGGGGAGAGAGCGCACCAGUGUGAAGAGUGUGGAAAAUGCUUCCGACGUGCUGAUCACCUGACCGUCCAUUAUAAAAGCAUUCACCUGGGAGAGAAGAUCUGGCGAAGGUAUAAAGCAGUGGUGCAUCAAUGCCAGGUGUGCAAGAAAGAGUUCAGGGGGAAGACCAACCUCAUGUCGCAUUUCAGAACACAUUCAGGUGAAAAACCUCACCGUUGUGUGAUCUGCAACCAGACCUUCCGCAUCAAGAAGACUUUGACCAAACACAUGGUCAUUCACUCAGACGUACGUCCUUUCAACUGCCCGCACUGCAGCGCUACCUUCAAGCGCAAGGACAAGCUGAAGUAUCACGUGGACCAUGUGCACAGCGGCCGCCCGCUCGAGCAGCAACAGCCCAACCUGUCUGCGGCCCCCGCUAGCAAACUGACCGAGCCGCAGCCGUCCAACAACACACAGAAACCCUACCACAACACACCUAAGACCGUGCUGCAGAGUGUGGCGGCUGACGUUUGCGUCCCCGUGACGCUCGUCCCCGUCCAGAUGACUGAGGAGAGCAAUCUUGUCGUGCACGGGACGCCGCAUGGGGUCCUUCCAGCUGUGAGCCAGCAACAGCAGACAGGCUACCAGUCCGCCACUGACCUGGUGUUCUUAGAAAAGUACACCCUCACGCCUCAGCCGACCAACAUCGUGCACCCGGUGCGGCCCGACCAGAUGCUGGACCCUCGAGAGCAGUCUUACCUGGGAACGCUCCUGGGACUGGACUCGGCUACAUCUGUACAAAACAUGUCUAGUGCUGAACAUACUCAUUAAUUCACAGCACACACUCUUAAAAAUAAAAGUUCUUCACAGCGAUGCCAUAGAAGAACCAUUUUUGGUUCCACAAAGGACCAUUCAGUCAAAGGUUCUUUAAAGAACCAUCUCUUUCUAACCUUUUUAUAAUCUGAAGGACCAUCUUUAGCCACAAAGAACCUUUUGUGAAACAGAAAGGUUCUUCACAUGUUGAAGGUUCUUCAUGGAACCAUUUAGACAAAAAGGUUCUUCUAUGGCAUCGUGAAGCACCUUUAUUUUUAAGAGUGCAUGCAUGCAUCUGUUCGUCACAUAAAUUCAUUUUGGUCAUCAGUCUUUGUGCUGUUCUUAAAAUGCUGCAUGUUGGUUCUAUAGAAAUUCAUUUUUGCAAUUCAAAGCAGAAAAUAGUUUGGAAGGACAUGAAGGGGAAUAAAUACAGAAUUUUAAUUUUAAAACUAUUAUUAACUUGCGUUAAUAUCUAAAAUGAAAUUAUGACUGAACUGACUUUGUGUGUGUGUCUUCUGAUAAUUCUAUCCAUAAACCUUGUGUUCAUAUAGCUGACAUGGAAAUAACCUGCGGUUGGUCUGCGAAUGAAUAAUAGUUUCUGAAUUCACCAGCCCAGACCAAAGUUUGCUUGUGUUUCUGUAAAUAAAGCACUCUGGAACACUGAGUUCAGGAAGUUAUUUCAUACUGCUUGUCACAGGCUUUUGUAGUUUGUUUUUGUCCGGGUGUUCGGUCACAUGGUUGGAUGUUGGGAAAAAAGUUAAAGUUUUAGACACAACAAUUUCAAACCGUUUUUAUACUGUUAACUGGUUCGAGUUUUUAA